AUGACGCCCGCUACGCCCUCGAGACACAUCUCGCGCGGAUCAGAGACCGACCCCGAGACGCCUCCAUCGGGAUACUAUCUCGCCUCGGAGGACACGCCCACCCGGCCCGGACCCAGCAGGCUAGACGUGGACCGGACGCCCGUCCAGCUCCAAGCGGAUGAUCACGAUCGGGAGCAUCCCGGUUCUUCCUCGAGCUACGAGUCCGGGACUACCUUUGACGAGGACCUAGAGAUCGAGGAAGGGGUCGAAGUGGACGGCGUGCUGUUUGAUGAAGAGGAAGAAGGGGAGGAUGUGGAUGUGGAUGUGGGCCGGCCGCUCGUUUCCCGUCGAAAGCGGCGGAGAUGGGAUACCAAUGAAAAUAAGAAUGAGCGGAGUCUCAUAGAGCUCCUGCCUCCGCUGCUACUCGCUCAUCCGCUCCCUCUACUCCCGCUAUUGGCGACACUGCCAUAUACCUUCCUACCGGGCGGAGUAGUCCUCUUCAUCCCGGUCAUCUGCGUCCUUGCCGCCCUGUCUGCCUGCGCACACAUAGUUAUUGUCUACCUCGCAUGGUAUCUCAAAGUACGGAGCUUCGAGGAUGUCUUUGGCGCAGUCACAAAGAGCCGAUAUGGCGUCUGGGCAGGCCGAGGUGCCGUCCUCGUAUCCGUCCUUGGACUCGUUUCUAGCUGGGUAGCAACUCUGUAUCCUAUCCUCGAACCGCUGGUACAGCAUCUGAACGUCCCUCCGGUGAUAUGGACCAUCGGCUUCUUUCUCUUGAUACUUCCCUCCCUCGUCCCACUACGCAUCAACCGGAAUGUCGUGCCCGUCAUCCUCGCUUUACUGCUGCCCAUCAUCGCCUUCUUGGUUAUCGGCCGUACCGUUGAAAUAACCAAGGUGGAGGAGGCUCUCACCAAGCGGGGAGCCGCAGACUUUGCAGCUGGUCCUGGCGUAGGCAUCACCACCCUAAUCACCUUCUUCUCCCCCCACAUCAACACCCUCCCCAUCCACGCCCAGCUCGAGCGCAACAAACGCUCGUCCUUCCCCAUCCCCUGCCUCGCGACAUCCACGACCCUCCUCGCUCUCUCCCUCCCAUUCGCGCUCGUACCCUACUAUCUCCUACCUGACGGCCCGGGCCCCGAAUCCCCCGCUGGCGUCUUUGCCCGCUUGCCCGCCGAAGACGGAUGGGUCAAUCUCGCCCGGGUCCUCAUGUGCCUGCUUGCGCUGGGGACGUGCAGUGCCUGGGUGCAAAGAGGGAGGGAUACGGUGCUGAUCGCGAUGGGUGCGGAGGGGGAGCGGCGGGCCGUCCGGUAUGUCGGACUAGGGGUGUGGGCGUCGGUGGUCGCGUUGGGGUGUGCGGGCGGGGUCGUUGGUGAUAUCGCGCGGAAUGUGGGGGUGUUGGCUACGCUGGCUGUCUCGUGGUUCUUACCAGCUCUAUUCUUCAUCAUCACCUUCCAUGUCCGCUCCCCCCUCGCUAUCGUCUUCAAACACCCCCCACCCCCGGCCCCUAUCGAUCGCGGCCACUCUCGUACCAACAGCACGAACGACCCCUCCCUCGACGUCCUGCUCGCGCGGAAAGAACGACAGCUUCAGCGCCGGCGCACCGGGCGGAGGCUAUGGCAGGAUCUGAUUGUGUAUGUGGGGAUUCUGCCAGUGGGCGCGGUGGGGAUGGUAUGGGUCAUCAUACAUCCUUGGUUAUGA